AUGAUAUGCUCCAGUUUGUUAAAUUUCUCUUUGUCCCUUUCUUCUACAUAACGAGGGUCUUUUGUUCACCUUCAUAUAUAAAUUUGCAGGGACUUUAUUUAUUGAUCAGGAGGAUUCCGAUUGAUCUAGUUAUUAAUCAAGUCUGCGUGCCAAUGGAGAUAAUAACAAGAUAUAAUGAUGUCUCGCCACAAUUGUUAAGGAAGACAAGCACGGAGCUACUUAUUAACAACUUAAACGUUCUUGGUGUUUUUAAUUAUUAUAUCGGUAUCAUUGGGGCCGAUGAUCAUACUCGCAGUUUACCUGAUGAUAUAGUAAUAGAAAUUCUGAGCAGACUCCCGGUGAAAUCACUCAUGCAGUUUAAGUCGGUAUGCAAACAUUGGUUGUUUCUGAUUAAACAAGAUACACGCUUGAUUGAUUUACAUUCCAGUCGUUCAAAAUCAUGCCCGAAUCUCCUCUACAUCAACCCAAUGCCACAAAAGGGACGCUUUACCUUCGGAAAAAACAAAACUUUACGGCAAAGUAUUUCAUGUGCAGAGAUAAUUGAAGGCAAUAGUACCGGUGAUGAGGAAGAACAAGUGGAAGCCGUUAUCAGUAAAGUUAGGAUAACUGAUGACAAAUGGCUCUGUUAUGAUCAUGUCUUGGAACCGGUAAAUGGUUUGGUUUGUUUCGUAGAUCGGAUGACACAUGCUGUUAUGGUAUAUAAUGCAAGUACACGAGAAGCAACACCGUGGGUUAAAUCAACUUUACUAGCAGAGGAAAAUCAAAAGAUUGCAAACGAAGGCAGCACGCUGGAGAUAAAAAAUAUUCGUAAUUCAAUUUAUCGAAUUGGGUUCGACCCUGAGAAGAAGGAACAUAAAGUAUUCUGCUUUUGGAGGCUGGCUUCCAUUCGUCCAGGGCCUUGUUACAGUUCGAUCGACCGCACUAAAUAUGAAAAGUGGGAGGCGUUUACCGUAGGACGUGACACUAAAUGGCGAAGGAUCAAUGCGGUUCCUAAUGAAAUCAACCAAAUAAUAAUAAAACAGGCGCUCCCUCCGGUUAUCAGCUGUAGGAAGCAGGUGUAUGCAGAUGGUACCAUAUAUUGGAGUAACAAAGGAUAUAGUUGGGAUCCAGACAGUUACUCUCCCGAUGAUCCUGCCGUCAUAGUUGCAUUUGAUGUUGGAAGUGAAAAGUAUAGAGUUAUCCCGAUUCCUAAUUUCAUCCUCGACGAGCCUCGUGAUGGGAAGUAUAGGCUACCUAUAGAUAUGCUAGUUUUGGGUACACAUGUAGCUCUACUAUAUCGGAUGGAACCUUGCGUCGUGAAGUUAUGGAUGUUAGAUGAAGGAGCUAACAGAAAACUAGAAAAUUGUCGAGGAAAUGGACAUAAUUGGAGCUCAGAGACUAUCACACUACCCUUUUGUUGUGACAAUGGGGUAGGCGGUUCUGCAAUUGCUGGAAGUACUGACAAAAUAAUGUUUGAAUUGCGGCGAUGGGAAAAGUCGGCAAGCUUCACCCGUUUGUAUUCUUAUGAUCGCAGGAAUAAGACUGGCAAAAAGAUUGAGAUGGAUGGUGCUUCUUCAUUUACCCUUCACUCCCAAAGGUCCCUAGUUUCAACUUUUACGGAAACCCUCUUUCCUGUCUCAGCCAAUCAACAAGGCAAAAGUUAGCAGUCUGGGCGGUGUAGUCGGUUAUCACGCUAG